AUGCUGCAGCGCCUCGCGAGCGUGGCCUGCGUCGUCGCGUCCGUCGCAUUGAGCGCCUAUGCCCUUGUUCUCUUUACGUCAUACAUGGAGAACGGUCUCUUCUGGCCCGGCUUGGUCACCGCCGACACGCUGUCGCUGGUCCUGACGAUUCUCAACUAUGAGUUUACGAUCGCGGCGGCAACCAACGCGACGAGCCUCGCCGUCAACCUACUGCAGCCAAGUGUCGGCGUCGUCAACGUCGCCGACCGGCGGGGCGUCAACCCCACGGCACCGCGAUUCCUCGUGUACCAAGCACUCACGUCCAUUGAGAAUGGGAUUGACGGCUUGCGGCGUCUCGAGGCCGAGAAUGUUCUCGCGAUGCUGGCGCCGUACUGCUGGAUGGACUUUGAUCGGCGCUGGAGCUUUGCGCACACACCCAAGCGACUUAGUCGAUGCGAGGCCACCCAUACGACCAACGGCGCCGCGUAUUUCGAAGCCGUCUUGCGCAACAUUGAUCUGCAGAGUUGGCUCCUUGCUAACGAGCCAACGUUUUUCUCGUGUCUCGGCAACGGCGUUGUCGAGGCCGGCGGCGGCGCAUGGCUGGACGCCCUUCUCUCGCAUACGAUGCUCUCGCAAGCCGACGAAGCCCGCGUGUGGCGAGCUGCCGGUCUCGACUCGUUUGAACUCAUGUACGGAAAUCGUGUCCAGAUCGGGCUCGCCAACCAAAUCCAGAUUGUGAAUGCGCUCGGCGUCGUCUUUCCCUUUUACGCGGCGUCAAUCGCGGCCACCAACCGAGGCGCGUCCUGGACGUCCUCCAACUUGUACCAGAGUCUGCGCCUCGACUGGAAUGCAAUGCGAGGCAACGAAAGUCUGAUCUUGGGCAGCCGUAACUGGUACGGCAACGUCUCGGCCAGCACAUUAGAGGCGUACGCAGUCGGCUUGCCGUUGACCCGCAUCAACCAAGUGAUUCAUGACCGCGUCGGAGCGCUUGCCAACAUUGACAUGCGGUGGGUACCAGUCCCGACCGAGCUCGUCGACGCCGUCAGCGACGUGCACGGUCUCGUCGUGUCGGCGCUGCGCUCGGGCAAUGCAACGAUCGCGCGUGCCUAUGCGUCCAUCGUACCCCUCACCUUGGCCGUGGUACCGACGAAAUGGCAGGACCCAGGCUACCUCUUUCAUAUCGGAAGCUUGAUGUGUCAGUACGGGGUGCCCGUCCCUUUUGUGCAGCGCACGUUUGGCUUUGACGAUUCGUGUGGGACCGCGCUGCCGUUCUCGGUCGCAACCCAUCCGAUCAAGCUCGCGUUCGCCUUGCGCAUCUGGAUGCACACCAUGUCGCAUCAAAGCAGCAUGCGAGCCAUUUGCGCGCAAGUGCCCAGCGAUGAGCGCCGGUGCAACAUGUUGCUGACCAACACGACGCGACUGCUGUCGGCGCUACCCUCAUGGACCGUGGCGCCGUCGCUUCUACGCACCGUCAUGGCGCUCAACACGACGAAAGCGCAGUUUCUAUCGCGUCCCAACAGCACCGAAGUAGAGCUCGAGACCAUCGCGCACUUUGGCGAAGGCUACGAGCUCUUUGCGUGGAUGGUCAUGUACGACUGGGCCAUCGGUCUCCGCGAGGUCGUGACCUUCGAAGGCGACGUGUCCACGCUGCGCGUGUCAUCCUACGCGUACGCCCCAUUGGCCAACCCGACGAGUUCGCUGCAGUCGAGCGUCGGGACGUACCUCAUGUCGGCAUCGUGGAUCGUCACCGUCGUGCUUGCGCUCGUUGCUGGGCUCAGCGUGGGCACCAAAUACAGUUGGCUCUUUUCGCGCAUCGCAUCAGCCGUGUGGCUCAACCGCAGCGUCCUCUUCCUUCGAAGCGUGACGGCCAGCGUGUGCUUGGCCACAUCGCCUGUCGUGACGUCGGUCGUCGGGCCGUUGCAGCACUUGGAGGCGCCGCCGCGAAGCCUCUUGACCUCGAUGGUGCUGGCCAGCGAAGCGCUCUGGUCGACAUAUGUCGCCCACGACGUGCUGAGCCCGCUAUUGCACUCGUCGUCCUAUGUGCACCUCAACACAGUGCUCGCAUGGCUGGUGCUCACGGUCAUGGAUGUGCUGGACCCUGUCUCGAUGGCGGUCACGAUUGAAAAAAACUGUGCGACAGUCAAUAUGGACUGGCAAGUCUACUGCGCCGCCGCCACCAUCACGAUUGGCUCGAGUACACGGGUCGGCGUGAUGUACGCAGUUCAGAGCCUCGUGCUGCUGCUGACACUUCUUGUCUCGGCCGUCGCGUCGAAACGCUGUCUGGCUAUCGACACGACGUCGUCUCUCUUGCUGCAUACGUCGGUGCUGGCCUUUCUGCCGCCGUCAACAAGUCGUCCGGUAACAAACCUCGACCAAGGGACGCGCAUCAUGGCCGGCCUUUUUCCCCUCGGUGCGACCACCUUUCACCUGAGUCUAUGGCGCCGCGUUCCUCUCUGGCCGAGUCUCGGGCUUUCGCCCGAGGUCUGUGUCGUUGGACCCUUCGAUGACGCGGUGGUGUCACUUGACGUCCCUGUCGCGUCGUGGCGUGACCGCGGCCGGUACCAGUCGACCUUCCUCUGUCUUGGAUUUCUCUAUGUGCUGGCAACCUUGACAAGCAACGUCCUCUACUACUCGGUGGUCGCCAAGAACCUCAGCAACGACUAUGGCUGGGCCGGCUUCAACAGCUCGGGGGCUCAAGCCUUUGUGGCCAAUGUGUUCAAUCGACAGCUCAUGCUGACAACGCACGAACCACAAUUUGUGCUCGAUGAUCCUGGCCAUGGCGACUUGAGUCAGCUCUACAACACGUCGACGACGGUCAUUCUAUGGGCCGAGUCGAGUGCCCGUCGAGAGCUGUUUGCGAAAUCGUCCUUGGACGUUGUUGUCGCGAACCUGCGGCGCAUGCACCCGUGCCGACUCCCCUGGAUGUUUACGCAGUACUGCUGGCUCGACUUGAACAAGAAUUGGGAGAUGGCGGUCACAGCGUCUCGCCAAGCGCGGUGUGCAACGAACAUGAUGUCCAAUGGCGCCCUGUACCUCGAAACGGGUCUGCGAAACCUCAACAACUGGACGACGUGGGACACUUGCUGGGGCGAUUCCUGGCAGAUUGGCUUUGUAAAGCACUUGGAAACCUCCCGCGAAGGACAGACGUGGCUGGACAGCAUUCAAAAAAGCAACACGCUCUCCAUCGAGGACGAAGUACGUGUCUGGGAAUCCCUUGGAAUCUCGACCUUUGCGCUGCAGUGGCAAAACUACAAGACGCCAGGCAUGGACGACAGCAUUCUAAUUCAAAGUGCACUGGGAAUGACGUACCCACUCCAGCUCAGUCAAUCGGUGGCGAGUGUUCACACAAGUCAGCAAACGUCAUUUAAAAUGUACUGGUCGCUGGCCAGCGAUCUCUGGGCGAUCGCCACCAACACCACUGGCAUCACGGGUGCCAGUCUGCUGCGGGGAAGCUCCCUCUUUGCGUUUGCCAACAUAUCGACGACUUCCGUGCUCGUGCAAAAUAGCACGCUGCAAGCACCGCUCUCCGCGGGGUUUUCCCUCCUUGCAAGCACGAUCGGGCCGUUUGGCGCGAUUGAUUUGGUGUACGUCGCGCCACCGCCCCGUCUCUUGUCGUAUGUCUCCAGCGUCGUCCGCAACCUCACGCACCUCUUGGUCACGAACUUGGACGCACAGCGCGCAUUCCACGCGCUUUCCAUGCCCGUGCGGUACGCACCAGUGCCGGCUUUGGUUUUUGCACUCGCGAACACGAGCUUCGUCGGCGGCAACAUCUUGUGCGGCGACGACAGCACGACCUACUUCAACGGCAAUGCGACACCUUUUGGCUCGGAGGUCGACGCGGUGGCGGCCGACGUGAGAGCCACUGGAGUCGGGCUUGUACAGUUUCUUGUCACCUCGGGCGUGACGUCGCUGCGUCACUUUGCCCUUUUGGACCCAAGUGACCGCGCUUACAUGUACUAUGGAUGGUGCUACCUCUUCAAGUGGGCACUUGGCGAGCGCGAAGUCAUUUCGUUGGUCGGUGAUCAUGGACAAAUGACGGUUCUCUCCGGCAUGUCGCUGCCGCUGGCGAUGGUACCAGACCCGAACGCGAUACCGCUCAGCUUUGCACUGCUGACCCAGUACUGCGUCCAGUACAUUUCAAUCGUGCUCAUGGCCAUCAGCAGCCUCCUUGUGGUCUCCGCCUGUUACCAUCGUGGGCGCAUGGAAGGGCUGAACCUCCUCUGCGUCAACCGCAUUGUUGGUAUGGUCUGGCUCGGCCGCCCAUUUGUGUUUUUGCGCAGUCUCUCGGCGAUCUGGCUCCUCAACACGAGCCCUCUCACGCUCGUGCAAGCGGGGGUGGGCACCUACUUUACGGCGCCGCCAUUAGCGUGGUUCAGCACGCUGCUCGCCACGUCCGAGAUGACGUGGCUCGUCUACGUCCUCAACGAUCUCUUCUCGUGUGGCACCAAAGAGUACACGUCGCAGUACGCCUCCAAGAGCUCCAAUCUCACGUGGCUCGUGAUUUUCCUCUGGACGCUGCAGUCACCGCAGCUCUACGCCGCAACGAUAGCUCGGAGUUGCUUCUACGAUGACAUGGACGCUGGCGUCCACUGCGUCUCUGGCCGCAUCGCGGUCGGGAGUCUUCGCCGCCUCGGUACGUCGGUUGGCCUCGUCCUGGCUUGCUUGGGCGGGAGCUACCUCGUUAUGCGUUGGUACGAGCCCACGCCGCGAACACUGCUGGUUCAAACGCCGCUCUUGAACGCGCAGAGCUACUACCUGCUGCGUCUGCACCGGUGGCGCGUCGACGGGGUCCAGUACAUUGACAAGACGUCGGCGAUCAUGGCCGGACUGCUUUGCACCACAUAUCGCGGCCAGCACGUCGUCUUGGACAUCAAGUCGUGGCGCAUCGUCGCAGUGCCCCUCACGGCAGCGCAGGCCCAAGAUGGCCGUCUGCGGCACGCACUGCCACUCUAUCGCGACGGCUAAUGUAGUCAAGCGUAUCGGC